AUGGAGUCCAUUCCAAACGAUAGUGCCCAAUUUUUUGAAGACAUAAAAGUGGCGAUGGACAAAGAUUUGGGCAAGCAAGUAUUCGCCUACUUCCUCAAUGCUUUUCCCAACUCUGACCAAUAUAUCCUGGGCCCAUUUUUCUGCACCUAUCCGGAGGAGGUGGAGAAACUAUGGGUGACACAACCGAGAAAUGGCCCAACUUACUUCUCAGACCUUACAUGGGUAGCUGUUUGGGAGAGUUCCAAGCCAUUUAAAGGUUGGCCAAUGGGAACCCCUAUCAAAAUGGAUCCCGCUGCAACUAAAGAAGCCCUAUCAAAGAAAGCAUCAUCCGUGCCGGGAAAUCCGACCACUCAAGCUUUGCGAAAGUUCUUGGCUUGUCCAAGAUCCAGCAGGAUUACUAAGGAAUUCCAAGCACUGGAAGAAAUUCUUGUGGAUGGCUAUCAAGUGUCCAUAGGCCCUAUCUUUCUUGCCUAUCUUUAUAUAGGGCUCAACGAGGUAACCACUAAACCCAUGGAUUAUCAUGCUUCUGGCCCUAUAUGGAUUUUUCAAUUGUGGCUCCAGCUCUUUUUUCGGGAUAUGAGUCCCACCAACAUUUGCCCCAAUGACAAAGCGCUUCUUGGCUCGCCCUUGUUAAACACCCCACCCCGGAAGCAUUAUGUCAAGGAUUGCUUCCGAUUUUUCAAUGAGUGCUAG